AUGGAGAUUAUGAUGAUGUCCACGUCAUCCGCUACCGGAUCAUCGAAUGCAAAUAUCAUUACGUCACAGUUGCACCCAAGGCCGGCCCUGAAGGCAAGCGGGGCCGACCCUGGGUGCACCCAAAGCAACCGGAUAUUACAGCGCCGGGAUCAGAGAUCUUUGCUGCUUAUUCUCCUGAUGCUCCCCCGAGUGAAUCAGACUACGGGAACCUCGAUGGCUUGUCCGCACGUUGCUGGUGUAGCCGCCUACAUAAAAACGUUUCACCCUCGCUGGUCUCCUUCCAUGAUCAAAUCCGCCAUUAUGACUACCGCUUGGUCAAUGAAUACAUCUACUUCGCCAUUCAACGAGAUGGCCGAGUUUGCUUAUGGGGCAGGCCAUGUCGAUCCGAUAACCGCUAUUCAUCCUGGACUUGUCUAUGAAGCUAAUAAACACGACCACAUUGCCUUUCUCUGCGGCUUAAACUACACUGGAAAGAACUUAAGACUCAUCUCUGGUGAUAGCAGCAGUUGCACUAAGACCAUAUUUAUACUAAAGAUGUCUGCUUAA